AAUACCAGAAUACAACGUUAUUAAUGUAGCUAUCCAAAUACUGCUUAUAAUUUUAUAUUUUAUUUCAAAAUCAGGGAAUUAAAAUAAUCUUUAGCAUUUAGUCACAUGUAAAACAAAGCAACUCCAAUUGGACCCACGCGCAGCUUUAUUUUCCAACAUUUAUAUAUUUGUCGAAACACUCACAUGGAUGGAUUGGAUUGUCUCGACCCAAAAUCAAGUUAUAAUAUCCAGCCAAAACAAAAUCUCCUCUCCUCCCUUGCACACGCCGACACAGUCUCGUUUCCUUCGAGCUUUUGCGCAAAAUAAAGAGAAAGAUGGGUACGAUAAACCAAGGAAUAAGCUUGUUUGAUGAACCACAAAACAUUAUAAACCCUAACAAUACUAACCAUCUCUUUUUCUCUUUCCCAAAUCAAACAUUAUCUUCAUCAUCUUCAUCGUCUUCAUCUUCUCCUUCUUCUCUUGUGUCUCCAUUUCAAAGUCAUCACUCCUUAAACUCCUUCCUUCACAAUAAUUCAUCUUCCUUUGUUAUUCACCCUCAAGAUCCAAUCAAUCUCAUGGCGAAUCUUCCGGAAACUCUAAUCUCGAUCUCUUCUUUAUCUUCACCAAAGCAUAGGGAUUUUCAUGAUAGUAUUGUUAAUCUUGAUCAUCAUCGUCUUACCGGUGGUAUAAUAUCAUCUCAAAGACCCUCUUUAGAUCCAUGGGCAUGGAGUAGUCAAGCAGGAUACGGAUACACCAAGAAAAACAACCAUGUAAGCGAGAUUGAUGAUGGUGUUGGUGAAGGUGGUGGUAUUAAUGAUCAUCAACAUCAUGAAACUCCUCCUCGUCAUAAGCAUACCAUGAAGCUGUUAGGAGUAGUGCCUACCCUGAAGAUGAAGAAGCUUAAGACAAGAAGAAAAGUGAGGGAGCCUCGGUUUUGCUUCAAGACACUAAGCGAUGUUGACAUCUUAGAUGAUGGAUAUAGAUGGAGAAAAUAUGGCCAGAAAGUUGUCAAGAACACUCAACAUCCCAGAUGCACACAAGAAAAGUGUAGGGUGAAGAAGAGAGUGGAGAGAUUAGCAGAUGAUCCAAGAAUGGUAAUCACUACUUACGAAGGAAGACAUCUUCACUCUCCUUCAAAUCAUCUCGACGACGACUCUCACUCCUCCUCUCACCACUCUCGGCUCUCCAACUUCUUCUGGUGAUAUAAUAUUCUGAUUUGUUUUUUUCUUGUUUAAUAUAAAACGAAUGAAUCCUACGUCGUCGAACUAAUCAUCGAUAUGUUAAUCAAUAUCUUCAUAAAAAUAAAAUAGGGGAAAUAACUACGUGCAUGUUAUCGCUAGGAAACAGGUAUGAUGAUGUUAUUUAAGUACAUGUGUAAUGUGUUUCCGACGGAGCUGCUUUAAUAUACUUUUCGAUCUGAGGAUUAUA